AAAGAGAGAGACCCUGUUCAUGUUUAUGAUGCUUGUGUUGUAUUUACUUUUCAAAGAAAUUACAGCUUUCUUGAGUUUUUCAUUGGUAGAAUGAGAAUUUUUGAGCAUUUCACUUUCGUUCUUUCUUCUUUUCUGCUACUUUUUUCUCUUUUGAAAUUGCUUUUUCUAUUGAGAAUCUGAUUCUUGUAUGGUGGACUUCUCCCUUCUCUUUCUCUGUCAUUUUUUUAUUCUUUUUUCUUUUUAACCUUUCUUUAUUAGUUUACUAGGAACUCCCUGCUUUUAAAAUUUAUAAUAAAUUUUGUUUUCAAAAUCCUCUGAAUCUCUUAGCGACAUGUUUUUGUCAUGUAUUGCGGAUUUUCACGAGGCCAUGACAGCAUUUUCUUUCUUGUUUUCUCUGUUUCAAAUUCCACUGAGGACUUUCUCGUUUCCAUAAUUUCACAUACGGACUUUCUUGUAAAGGAUUUUAUACUUUGACGAGUGUUUUGUGUUAGUGUAACCAGUUUUCGCAACAAGGAAAGCAGCUAAGAUUGUGAGCUGGGGGGGAACAGCUUUUUCUUUUCUUUCUCAAAAAAAUUCUAAAUUUUUAUCAUUUUUAGAUUCCAGUUUAAAGAACAGUUUUUUGUGACCUGGGUCCUUUCAAUCACUUAUUCUGCAGUCGAUUUCUGUAGUAAAAAAUGGGCAGAGCAACAAGGUGGUUAAAGGGCCUUUUUGGGAUAAAAAACGACAGGGACAGUACAAACUCCGGUGACCGGAGAGACAAGAAAGCCAGUUGCUUUGGCCACUCAGGGAGAGACACUGAUGUCUUGUGUCAUAAUCCAACUACAAUACCGCCAAACAUAACUCCAGCAGAGGCAGCUUGGUUAAGAUCAUACUAUUCUGAGACAGAGAAAGAACAGAACAAGCACGCAAUUGCAGUGGCUGCUGCCACCGCAGCAGCAGCUGAUGCUGCAGUGGCUGCUGCCCAGGCUGCUGUGGCGGUGGUCAGGUUGACUAGUCAUGGCAGGGGCACCAUGUUUGGCGGUGGCCAUGAGAGGUGGGCUGCUGUCAAGAUUCAAACCAUUUUUAGGGGAUAUUUGGCGAGAAAAGCCCUGCGAGCUCUUAAAGGCUUAGUGAAGUUGCAGGCACAUGUUAGAGGUUAUUUAGUGAGGAAACAAGCGGCUGCAACUCUUCAUGGUAUGCAGGCGCUGAUAAGAGCACAAGCCACAGUCCGAACCCAGAAAGCUCGAGGCCUCAUUAUCAAUAAUAACAGAUUGGAAUCUCGAGCUCGAAAAUCUACGGAGAGGUUUGAUGAAACAAGAAUUGAACAGGCAAUAUCUGUUCAUAGUAGAAGACUGUCUGCUUCUCUUGACACCACAUUUAACACCACUGAUGGAAGUCCUAAAAUUGUGGAGGUUGACACAGGGAGGCCUAAAUCAAGAUCUCGCAGAACAAACUAUUCUGCUUCAGAUUUCAGUGAUGACCCACAUUAUCAAACACUCUCCUCCCCUCUUCCAUUGAGAGUUCCAGCACGUUUAUCGAUACCCGAUACAAGAAAUUUUCAAGAAUCUGAUUGGGGACUCACUGGUGAUGAAUGCAGAUUCUCGACUGCACAAAGCACCCCUCGGUUUCUCAAUCUUAACGGGUCUAAAGCUCCGGUCACACCCGCAAAGAGCGUCUGUGCUGAAAAUUUCUUCAGGCAGAAUUCAAAUUUUCCAAAUUAUAUGGCUAAUACAAAGUCUUUCAAGGCUAAAUUGAGGUCACAUAGUGCUCCAAGACAAAGGCCCGAACAGGGUCCGAAACGGAGAAUUUCGCUUAAUGAAAUGAUGGAGUCAAGGAGUAGUUUAAGUGAUGUUAGGAUGCAAAGAUCAUGCUCGCAAGUUCAAGAGGCUAUAAGUUUUAAGAAUGCUGUAAUUAGUAAGCUUGAAAGGUCUGCAGAAUUCUCAAGAGAAUCAGAGAGAAAUUAUGUUCAAAGAAGGUGGUGAAACUGCAAUGGUUUGUGGGAAAUAAGUGCGCCUCUUCAAUGUCUUGUUUAUUGUUAUCAUGUGCUUAAUUUAAAAAAAAAAAAGGUAGGUGAUAGAACAAAAUUAGAAUGUAUGUAGACUUACAUAUGAUUAUCAUCAAAAUUCUGUUGCAUCUGUUUCACUUGUUGAUGUUAGGCAAUGGAACUAAGCUUUCCAUUAAGGAAAUGACAAAAUGCAAUAGUAGAAUUUGAUUCUGUUGUCA